AUGUCCAAGAUGGAAAACCCGACGCUCGUGAUCGAAUCGUACGUCUCGUAUGAGUCGGGCGUCCAAGACGCACUUCUCACGAACACGAAGCUGAGGGAGAAGGUUUCCGAGAAGGAACGCUUCCUCACGGACAUGGGCGCUCGGCAGUGCAUGGAGACGCUCAAAUUCGUCGCCAAGAUGCUCGAGACCUCGGUCGUUGCGUCGCACGGCUUUUCGUGCCACACCAAGAUAGUCAACACUCUCGUUCGCUAUGUAACGCUUGUCGUGAACAUGGAGAUUGCCGCUCACGAGUUCCUCGAUGCGUGCUUGCAAGUGCUGAAGUCCUACAAGUGUGCAUUUGACACCCUCAUCCAGGGGAAACCUGACCACGCCAAGUUGUUGCUCCUCUCGAGCUCCGAGGUCGCGGGCCGCAUGGAGGCAAUCGCGGACAAUCUCGUGAAAACGUCCGAGGAGGCUAUGGACGACGCGCGAGCAAGCCUCGAUGAGACGACCCAAACCUCCUGCACCAUGAGCACGCAGAAGGAGAAGAAGACAACCGAGGGCGAGGAGCUGGCGCUCAAGAAGAAAUACCUUGAGGCAUAUGCAAGGGACUCCGAGGACGAUGUCGCGGCCGCCAAGAAUGCAGUGAAAGGGGCCGCAGUGAACUGCCGGGUGCAAGCACACGUCGUUGCCACAAACACGAGAACGACGUGGCUGUGGGGUUUCUACACCAGCGAGGCCACGCGCCAAGCCGAGCGCGAUAUGCACUACCUCGAGGGGGUCGAGAACAUAUUACGCGCCCGCUGGGUCGAAACUCUCGAGAAACAGCACGAGGUCAACCGGGGUAUUGCCGCCAUUGUGGCCAAGAUCGCGCGCCAUCGUGACGAAGGCAAGCCGUACGAGCAGGCUGUCACGGCACUCGAGUUGACGGUCAAGGCACUUGGCAGCAUCAAGACGAGUUUCGAAAAAGUACGUGCAUUUUGGACCAAGCUCAAGACCCGCUACGACGGAAUCGCCACAAACGGUGACACCAUCGACAUACUCUUCGAAGCAGAUGCUGUUGAAGACCCUGCCGAAUGCUACGACCUGAUGACAGACCACUGGCACGACUGGCUUGCGCUCACCAAGAUUAGCUACGAAGCCGUCAACGGUAUAGUAGGCGUCACGACAACAGUGCACGGCGUCAUGUCCGAUUUGCCCAACUCGCGGCAAGCGAGCGAGCGCCUACCAGGUCUCCUCAAGGAUCUCCUAGAGACCCUCGAGGAACACGAGGCGCAUAUCAAGCGUUCAAUGAAGGAACAGCAGCACUCAGCAACAAUGCCCACGAUGACGAACCGAACUCUCACGAUUGCAUCGUCCAAUUGCUACGAGACGGCCGUCCGCGUCGAGCCCUUCAAAGACACUGAGCUCAUGGAGAAGUGCAUGGAGACACUCAAAGAAGUCAACAAGUUGCUCGAGAUCGCAGCCACUGUGUCGCACAGCUCUUCGUGUCACGCCAAGAUCGUGGCCCUCCUCGGUGACUACCAGACGCUUGUCGUCGAAAUCGACACUGCCGCCGACGCGUUUCUUUGCGGCUGUAUGCAAGUGCUCAAGUCCUACAAGUUUGCAUUUGCCUUCCUUCACAAGGGAAAAUAUGACAAGACCAAGAAACUACUCGUCUCGACGUGCGCCGUCGCGGGCCGCUUGGGGGCAAUUGCGGGCGAGCUCGUGAAAGCGUCCGCGGAGGCUGUGAAAGACGCCCGGGUCAGCGUCGAAGUGACUUUCGCUUGGGCCAACAAAAUGAAAGACAAGGCAACGGUGAAUGAUGUGUCAUUGGAAGAAAUCUGCGAAUUUUGGUGGAAGCUCAAGAUCCACUUUGACGUCACCACCCAAAACGGUGACACCAUCGACAUGUUCGUCGACCCAGAUAUGCUUGAAGACCCAUAUUUUAUCGACGAGCUGACAAGCGUUUGGCACGACUGGCUUGCGCUCACCAAGAUCAGCUACGAACUCGUCCAAGGAAUGAAGGACGUCAAGACGACAAUGCACGACGUCAUGUCCGAUUUGCCCAGCUGGAAGCAAGCGAAAGAGCGCCUGCCACGUCUCUCCAAGGAUUUCGAAAAGCUUCUCGAGGCAAACAAUGCCCACCGUCUGACAUGA